CGUCGAUAGAGUCUGACAAGUUACUUCACUGACCAAAAUUUCACUCCGAAUCCACAGCUCUUGUUUUCUCUCUGACACAUGGAGAAUACAGAAGAUGACGUGUUCACACAAGUUCCAGUGAUCGUGGACUGUGAUGUCCUAGAGGCAGCCAAAGAGAAUAUACAGCCACUUGCAUCUGGUCGUCGAGUCACCACUCUUUCAGCUAUCCUGCAGACUCCGCACGCACAGCGGGAUGCGCAACUACUUGCAGCGCGUAAGCGCUUCCGUACCAACAUCCAAAUCGCACUCGAAGAUGAGGAUGAUGACCCACUGGAAGCAUACUCGCGUUUUGUUCAAUGGACUCUCGAAAAUUACCCCCAAGGACAAAGUGCAGAGUCUGGACUCUUAGAGCUUCUUGAAGAGGCAACAAGGGUAUUAAAGGACAACCGCAAAGGACAAUGGAAAGGGACAUCAACAUACCUCAAACUUUGGGUACUUUACGCGAGCUACGUGGAGAAACCGACUAUCAUCUACAAAUUUUUGCUUGCAAAUGACAUUGGAACCGAUCAUGCUCUGCUGUACGAGGAAUACGCUGCUGCACUUGAGAGAGCCGGACGGCGCAAUGAGGCAGAUGCUGCAUAUCUACUUGGAAUUGCCCGUCAGGCUAGCCCCCUUGAUAGACUUAUAGCCAAACAUGGUGAAUUCCAGAAACGAAUGAUGACCGCAGCUACAAUCCCCCCGCAGCCCGCCCCGAAUGCUCCACCUCGUAGAACAGCAUUGGGUAUGGCUUCCUCAUCUUCCACUGCAGCACCUUUGUUCGGAUCUAUUUCUCGGGCUCCUUCGUCCUCAUCGCAAGCCGAUGCCCACGGGUCUCGAUCUGAGUCCCGGCUGGGCUCAAACACUCGUCUCCAGAUUUUUGUUGAUCCUUCUGGAGCAGAAUCAGCGGAUGCAACGGAUUCAGUCACACCCUAUCCUGAUAUUGGAACGCGUAAAUCUCGGGUCAAAGAAAAUGUACCUGAGGUUAGCAAAGCAGCAGGCAGCACCUUGAAGCAAGCAGGUCGCACUCGACGAAUUGCGUCUGGGUCGAAUUCGGGCGCGGUAGCAACAAAAAUUGUGCCAUUCAGAGACCCCGGACCAGACGUGGACGUGGAAGCGAGGGGAGCGAUGGCCCCACCUCCCGUUCCCAUGUCGAGGCAGAAGAACGCGGUACCGAAGACUCCCACAAAGAACAUCAUACCAUUCUAUGACGUCCCCGAUGGUAGCGGCAUUCCGUCCACUCCUCGAUUCACACCCUUUCGAGAUGAGCCUGAAAUAAGUACGUCGGCUGCUGCGGCGAUUGCACCCGAGACGGUGAUGAAACAAAAAACUGUAGGAGGAGGACCUGUGGUAGGAUCUGAAGCAGAGGCGUUGAGGAGAGAUCCGCUGAAGAACUAUCCUGCCGACGAAUGCCCGCGAGAUGGCUGAAUAAUUACCUCUUGUUCGCUCGCUCUUUCCCGUAUAGCCCGUAGGCUAUUGUUGGUUAUGCUAUAUUUUUGAUCUACAUUUUCACCUUUCCCUCCUGUUUUAGUACCUUUUGUGGUCUUGAGCUCUGUAAAUGAUACUUGCUCUGAGGAGCUGACCCUGACU